UUGGGGAGGUAGAAGCAACGGACAGAUGUGUGAUGCGCUUACUUAACCGUGGGCGAUUUCACAUAUCAACAUAAACUUUUAUUUGCCCUCUCUCCGACGCAGCUUCUUUGACCAGGCUGAGCUAUUGAUACUCGCUAGACCUGCGUUUUAUAUAUAUUUUUGCUGCCAGCACCGAUGCAGCGGUGGAUCUUUUUUUUCGGGAAUGGGGAUGAUACUCAAUAAAUAGAUCCUGUUGAAUUGAGACAAGACAACGCCGAGACGCGUCCAAAAAGUGUAAUCCCUCGAGUGCAAUCGAACACAGAUGUAUAGGUGAUAUGUUAGCCGGUUGGAUACGUCGAGGGAUUAUAAUAUUCCCAAAACAAGAUGCGAAAUUGGGCAAACCAAGGAAUUGCAUCCUCACCUACAGCACAUUUUGUAAGGUGCUGAGACGAUUUCGUUCGGCCUUUAUCAUAUCUGCUGAAGACGUCAGAGGAAUAAAGUCAUUCAGAAUCACUGAAGGUGUACAGCAUAAAAGGGCCGGUUUUCUCAUCACCUAAAAUGGCAACUAGGAGGGACCACGAAAAGGCAAAAAUGCCGUAUUUCUGCAAGUACUCACACUGGAGUUAAGCACCUGAGGGGCAAAUUAGGUGGUUUUGUGAAUAUAUUGUCCAAUAUCUGGUGAUAUCUGGCCUACCCAUCCACAGCCUAUAUUCACUUGGCUGUAAUAAUGAUGUCAACGAUGAUUUUUGUCAACGACAAUGUGAACUAUAUUCCAAAAAUGGACCUUUAAUUACGCAUUCUUAACUCACCUAAGACUCACUGAAUAACAGGUGCCUGCUAUCUGUCAAAGCAGCAUCAACCAACCUGUGCGUCCUUUGCUACAAUUUGCUACUUUCCAUUGUCCUACACGAGUCGUCGCUAAAGGGAUUAUAUCAUUCACUCAGAACUGAAUUUACACCCUCCUCAAAAUGGAGUUUGCCAUGAUAGGUGCAGAUAAUGGGUGCAAAACUCGACUGCCUUACGGGUAUGCUCGCGCACGGGAAAGGGAGCACGAAAGGGAGAGACAGGUACAGCAGGCAACAGCCGCUGCGGAAGGUGCAGCAAGUGGAGAGGGAGGGGAGUCCUCUGGCCAUCUCCUUAACAACCACCAGCAGCAUCAGUCUCGCACCGCCUCCUCAUCAAAUGCCAACAACAGUAGCGGCAGUACCGCCUCGCGCCCCUCCUCCUCGCAACAGCCACAGCAGCACUACCAUGAGUCCGAGCAGCAGGUUCUCAGAGAAAGGAAAAAGCAACGCGGCGUAGGACGUUGGAGAAGGAGUCGCCAGACUCUCGGUGGGGAUUUGCGCCACUCGGAGUUGGCGCUACUUGGAUCAGAGGAGGAUAUGAUAGAGGAGGACGAGGCGGAAGGCGGGGAAGAGGAGGACAGGGGAAGCAAGAGUUCCAGUUUUCUCUGUAAUAUGGAUGAUGAAGAGACUGUCUCACUCACAGACAGACGUCCCCAAUCAGGAUACGCAAAUGUUUACAGUGAAUAUGGGUGCAGCGAAAGAGUUGUUAUUAAUGUGUCCGGACUAAAGUUUGAAACUCAACUUAAGACUCUCACACAGUUUCCUGACACUCUUUUGGGAGACCCGGACAAACGAAUCAGGUACUUCGACCCUCUAAGAAAUGAAUAUUUUUUUGACAGGAACCGACCAAGCUUCGACGCUAUUCUUUAUUAUUACCAGUCAGGGGGGCGAUUGAAGAGACCCCAAAAUGUACCUUUUGACAUCUUCUCUGAGGAGGUGAAAUUCUAUGAACUCGGAGAGGAGGCUAUACUGAAGUUUCGGGAGGAUGAGGGUUUUGUCAAAGAGGAAGAGAAACCCUUACCAGAGGACGAGUUCAAACGCCAAGUUUGGCUUCUUUUUGAAUACCCAGAGAGCUCACAACCUGCGAGAGGGAUUGCAGUCGUGUCCGUUUUAGUCAUCGUUAUAUCAAUAGUCAUUUUCUGUAUGGAAACGUUGCCAGAGUUCAGGGACGAAAAAGAAUACCUUAAACCACGAGACAAUUCGACAGAACCCCAUGGACAGACUCCUUUUAACGACCCUUUUUUCAUUGUGGAGACGGUAUGCAUUAUUUGGUUUUCAUUUGAGAUUAUAGUGCGCUUCUUUGCAAGUCCAAGUAAAACGGAUUUCUUUAAAAACAUUAUGAAUACUAUAGACAUUGUAUCCAUUUUGCCUUAUUUCAUCACGCUCGGCACAGAUCUUGCUCAACAGCAAGGCAAAGGGGACCAGGCAAUGAGUUUUGCAAUAUUGAGAAUAAUCCGCCUUGUCAGAGUCUUUCGCAUCUUUAAACUCUCCAGGCACUCCAAAGGAUUGCAGAUCCUCGGACAUACCCUCCGCGCCAGUAUGAGGGAACUAGCGCUUCUGAUUUUCUUCCUCGUUAUUGGUGUUAUUUUGUUCUCAAGUGCAGUGUACUUCGCUGAGGCAGACGAACCCGCGUCUCAAUUCACAAGUAUUCCCGACGCUUUUUGGUGGGCUGUCGUCACUAUGACCACGGUCGGAUAUGGAGACAUGAAACCAAUUACCGUCGGUGGCAAGAUAGUGGGCUCGCUCUGUGCAAUAGCGGGUGUGUUAACCAUAGCUCUUCCAGUGCCCGUCAUUGUAUCAAACUUCAAUUACUUCUACCACAGGGAGACUGAUAAUGAAGCAGACCCGCCACCGGUUGUUGAAGCCCCACCACCUAUCUGCCCCUAUUUCCCCAACUUUCUUAAAAAAUUCAAAGGGUCCCCCUCAGGCUCUUCGCUGGGUGAUAAAGCGGAGUACAUGGAGAUGGAAGAGGGGGUAACGGAGUCGCUGUGUGGGGUGGAUACAAGCCUGAGUAAAGGAAACGGGACAGACAUUGGCAGGAAAAACAGUACAAGUUCAAAGUCACAACAGACUGACGUGUGAUGACAAAAAACAACAACAUUAUUCUCGUGAAGAAAGAUAUGCUGUCAUAUCACACACACAUAGGUGGUCCGACUCACACAAGUGCGCACUUGCGCGCAAUGCACACACACACACACACUUUAUAUUUAGCUAGACUUUGGGAAGCUCAAACGUGGUGUUUUAUUCUGCUUAGAGGAAUAUAGGCCUACGGAUUUACAACUAUAAUGACCAAUGUAAUCCGAUGAUAUCAGAUACAGGCUACCUAUCUGGGCCUUGUAAACCUACAAAUGAAAUCGAAAAUAUUUAAGGGACAGGCUAAGGCAUAUGCACUUUAUCAGUUUCAUUUGUCAAUAAUGGAAGGGGAGAUGUAGUUAUUGUUUUGCUGUUAUGCGAUAAAGUCAAAGUUUAUAGUAGGCCUAGUUUGCACUAUUGUAAAAGCUUGUUUGAGACGCUGACUUUCAAGAGAGAUAGACUUGGAAGUUAUGCUGAGAGACAGGAACUGUAGGACAUAUGGCAACCUAGACACCCUUUUGUCUGACAUAAUGAGCAUUGAGAUGUUUUUAUUCUGAACAAUAAUGAAUUCUUAUUGCGUUUCAGUGUAGGUCUAACCCCUCUGUGUACACAAUAAAAUAAUAAUUCGAUAUCGGUCGUGAAACAUUGAAAUAGCUAAAUCAUUUGUGAGAUUCUUGAGUAAAUGAGCAUGAUGCCUAUUUUGGCAGCACACUGAGGUCAACAAGGGAGACGCUUGGCAAACAACAUUCUUUGCAACGAUCAGGACAAAAUGAAGCCUUGUAUUGACCGAACACCGAGGUGAAGCACAGGAGUUACACUGGCUACUCUGCAGACUGACAUGAGAAAUGGCACCACACUGGCUGUCACGAGAGGUCCUGCACGGGAUAUCUUGCGCCACUACAACUCCGUCCCUUUAAAACCACCUCAAACUAACUGACAAUAUCCCUUUACACGGACGUUGACUGAAGCUUAUUUGGGGGAAAAAUGACUGUCAUCAUGGAAACUUUGGGUUUGUGAACUUAAUCUCUUAUUCGUUGGACAGUGCACAUUUCUCUAAAAUGAGAAAGGAAGGUCUGUUGGGCAUCCCAGAAAGCACCAAGAUCUCCAGCAGGCGGUUGUUUUCCAAGUGCUGUCAGUUGAUGGCUUAGGAGAGGAUGUGCUGGCUGGUACUCUUGGAAUUGUCAGAGAGAGAGCUAAUAUUAUGACUGGUCAUCUGGGGUGAGACAACGGACAUCGAUAACCACAGAUCUACUGCGAGAGUGAACCCAGCGAUCGGACAUCGGAAGUUUGAAUGGACAAAUUAGACAUUGGGACACUAUACGGAGUGCACAAGGAACGAAAAUCUUUCCUAGUAAACCUGGAGGCAGGGAAAUGAGUAAGUCAUGUCCCAAAUGAUUGCCUUAAUUAUUACAUAUAUACCUAUAUAUGAAGUGAUGAAACUAGAGACUUAUCCGAGUUCAAAUAUGUUUUUCUUUAUGUGUGAAACAGUGUCUUGUAAGGAAGAGAUGUGAAUAUUUUAAUAAGAUAGAGAAAAAUUGUUUGGUUGUAAUGUCGACAAUGUUUUAGUUGGGUCUGCUUUGUAGGUGUCAUUGAUAACCAAAUGGUGGAGCUGCUCUCUGCUUACUUGCAGCCAGCAGAAUGAGUCAAUCUAUUUUUAUCUCAUUUCGUAUUGUCAACCAAAAUAAGGCUGGCUUGAGGCGGAGCUGCUCGCUCAGCUACCAGCUACAAUGUCUUUCAAUUCACAACAUCAUGUUAUGACAACCAUAUUUCAAUUCAGAAAGGAGUAGGGAGUCAAAAAUGAGACAAAAUGACUCAAUAUACAUGAAACAUAUCUGAUUAUUUUUCUCCUCUAUUUUUCACAUACUGUAAGCAUCUGGUCACACACUCUCAAACACAAAAGAUGUCAGGUACGCACGCACACACGCACGCACGCACGCACGCACGCACGCACGCACGCACACACACACACACACACACACACACACACACACACACACACACACACACACACACACACACACACACACACACACACAGAAUGAUCUACCGAAGUGACACAAAGGGUUUUCCCUACGAUGCAAAUUGUAUUAUGUUAGUGUGAAGUUAACUGUAUGCAAAGUAACAUGGAAGUGUGUUAUAUAUAUUUUUUUAAACCUAGCCUUGACUAUAUUACUUAACCAAAGUUUAAACCCUGAUGUUAUUGUACGUGGUGGACACUUCCUCUGGAGAUGUCAUGAAAAUAGAUACACAUUGAAUAGAACAUAUAUGUACAUAUGCUGAUGUUUAUAUUUACGUGUCCUACGAUGUGUCGCAAAUCAUGACAUUCGAGACAAUUCUAUUUAGUUUGACUGUUUAACAAUGUUCAGAUCUUCAGGAGUCAUGUUCCAUUUUUAUUUCCAUGAACAUUGAACAUGUUGUGGAUGCUGCUCCAACAAGAUUCAUGAUUUUCCACUUGACAAGUGGGCUAUUUCUUAUUUUUUUGUGCUGUUCUCAUAUAACUGCUCGUAGAAAAUCCGCCCACUCUCUUUAGGCCUGCUUUCAAAGACACAGAUUUGUAUUGCACUGCUUGCUUGUUGCAGCGUUGUCAGACAAAUCAAGUGUUUGCUUUUUUAAAAACAUAAAUGCCAUCUUGUGUUUAUCCCCAUCCUUCUUACGUUCAGUCAACAGCCAAGAACUUAGUAAUGCUCGCUCCUGGGCGUACUGUCUAUUAUUGUGAGGUCGGCCCAUGAUGACUGUGCUUUAGAGCAUCAACUACACAGAGUUCUUUAAUUUUUUUUAUGUCACUGAAAGGGGUGGAACCUAAUAUUUUAUACUGUAUUAUUUGCAUAGGCAAUGUACUGCAUUUAUAUAUUCUCUUCCAUAAAAAGAAAACUAACAUAUUUCAUUGUACUGUCUGAAAAGACAUAGAUCACUUGAAUCCGGAGAUGGAAAAUGCUCUGAUAUCAGUUCCCCCCCACACACACACACACACCACCACUCCACCAAUAUGUGUCUAUUGUUAUUGGUUAUGAUAUAGCCCUCUAUUACAAAAUAGUUAGAGGGCUGUAGUCAAGAUUUUCCUCAAUAUUCAGAAAACCUUAUCAAACUUACCAUGCUAGCCUCUGCUAAAAUUGACUUUGUUAUCAAGUUCUUAAGCAUCAUUGGGCUAUUUACCCUUGAUCGCAGAAAGAGUAAGCGCUGUCUAUUCCCUGAUCCCAUAGUCCCAUUGUUCUACAUUUUGAAGCAAACACAAAGCGCAUGCACAUUCUGAAAAUUGAUGUCUAUCAAUCAGUGUAUAAGUUUAAAUCUAAAUCCCUCAGCAAUUAAUGGUAUCAUUUAGUGUGCCUGGCAAAGAGUUGCUGUGUCUUGCCAUAGUUAAGCUAAACUACUCUUGAUUCCCAAAUUGUAGUUGAAUAAGUAGUAACUUAAGGGAAAACAAAGAGAAAGAUGUAUCUUUCAAAAUCAAGUUUUUCUGGUAUAUUACGAUGUUGCUAGACUGUUAGAUACUGUAUACUGUUAGAUACUGUAUACUGUUAGAUACUGUAUACUGUUAGGAAAACUGACCUUCUUCCUAGUUAACUACCCAAUUGGUAGUACAACUCUGAAGUGGUGGCUUCUUUUGAAAAUAUCAGUCAGUGUUAUGUUCCGGCCUAAAGCACUUUGCAUAAUGAUGAGAAUAUUUAAAAAAUCCAAAAAACAUUAUAAGUAAUUGGUAUAGCCUGAGUACCCAACAAUGAUAUUUGACCACAUUAGAGUAACAUAUUAUGGUAAUGGCCUAAUUGUGAUUGGACUGAACUGAAAAGACAAAGUCAAAGAAAAGGCUUUUUACAAUGCCGUAAUAUCAAAGAUGGGGCUUAGACCUGUCUACAGUAUCUAUGUGUAUCCCUAGUAUAGAUAUGAGGCCUGCUUCAAGGUGUGAAACGGUCCAGAAAAUGUACAACUACCUGGUCUGUCUUUGAACACUAACCUGGGCCCGUACUCACAUAAAGUAUCUCAGAGUGCUGAUCUAGGAUCAGUUCCCCUGUCCAGGUUAUCUUAUUCAUGGUAAUAUAAAAGGCAAAACUGAUCCUUUAUCAGCACUCCUCUGACGGCGCUUGAUACAUACAGCCCCAAGCAUGACAAAUGCAUACAAAUCAAAUCAAGUUCUUCACUUCAAAAUCAUGACAAAGACAUGUUUUAACCGUUGCAUACAUUUGAAAGUAGUGCCUUCUUAGGUAUAGACGUGGGAGCUGCUAAGGGUCCAUAGUAUAUAUAAAUAUAUUUUUUCUGCACACGCUUCAUAGUCAACAGGUGUAGGCUAACAGUGAAACGCUUUCACGCACGGUGAAACGCUUACAGGCGGGUUCAUUUCCAACAACGCCGAGUUAAAGAUAAAAAAAAAAAUGUAAUACGACAUUUAAAUAGUGACACGAGGAAUUAAUACACAUUGAAUAACAAAUAAAAAUCAAGAGUAAAAGUAACAUGGAUAUAUACAGGGAGUACCAGUCGAUGUGCAGAGGUACGAUGUAAUUGAGGUAGUGUGUUGUACAUAUAGGUAGGGGCAAAUUGACUAGGCAGCCGGAUAGAUAACUCACAGUAGCGGCAUGCGUAUGUGGUGAGUGUGAAAGUGUGUGUGUUGCGUCAGUAUGCAUGUGUGUGCAUGUUAUGUGUGUGUGGGCUUAUUUAGGAUGUGUGUGUGUGUUUGUUACUGUAAUAUGUUUCAGCCAUGGAAUAAUUGUACCAUCACUAAGUAUGUUUACUGUGAACAUCCACAUGGAAAUGGCAUUGGUUAUUCUUCUGUUAAAAUGUAACUCAAUGUUAAUGCAGUCUGCGUAUGUGUGUGUAUUUGAACCAUUCAUUUUCAUGAACACUGGAGGGUCAUUAAAGGGAGUGAAAUCAAAAUGGAACUUGAUAUUAAAACAACUCCUUUGAAGUGUAUUUCAGGAAGUGUAUAAUAUUUUUACAGUCCACAUGUGAUAAAGUGCCCAUGUUUUGGUCAGCCUUGCUUUUCUUCUGCAUGAUGCUUUGUUUUUGAAAAGUGCAUCCUAAUCUGAGAUGUUUGUAUUCUUUUCUUGCGGUUACUUCCUGUCUGUGUACUCCCUUCGGAGCUCGUUCAUUUCCUACUUAUAUUUUUAAUUUUUUAAACAUUUUAUUUAGGUAAAUCUUCAGACCUUUUGAUUUUCUACAUUAAUAUCAUUUUUGUAGGCAGCAAUAUGAGACGUGAUCAAACGGAGUAUGUGCAAUGUUGAAUAAAGAAAAAUAUAAUAUAUGAAAUAAAAAACGACUGCGAGAGUGACUCGA